CUGCGGGGCCGGGCGCUGCCUGCGGGGAUGCCCCGCGCCGCCGCGGCCUGAAAGGCGCCCGCCCGCCGCCGCGAUGCCGGUGAAGAACCGGUACAACCUGGUGGACGAUGGCUGCGACUCGCGAGUCCCGCUGCACAACGAGGAGGCCUUCCAGCACGGCAUCCACUUCCAGGCCAAGUACAUCGGUAGCUUGGACGUACCCAGGCCCAGCAGCCGCGUGGAGAUUGUGGCAGCCAUGAGAAGGAUUCGGUAUGAAUUCAAAGCCAAAAACAUUAAGAAGAAGAAGGUGAGCAUCAUUGUGUCUGUGGAUGGCGUGAAGGUGAUCCUGCGCAAGAAGCAGAAGAGAAAGGAGUGGACGUGGGAUGAGAGCAAGAUGGUGGUGAUGCACGAUCCCGUGUACAGAAUCUUCUAUGUGUCUCACGACUCGCAAGACCUGAAAAUAUUCAGUUACAUUGCAAGGGACGGUGCCAACAACUCCUUCAGGUGCAACGUCUUCAAGUCCAAGAAGAAGAGCCAGGCCAUGCGUGUGGUGCGCACGGUGGGCCAGGCCUUCGAGGUGUGCCACAAACUGAGCCUGCAGCACGCCCUGCAGAACGCUGACGGCCAGGCAGACGGUGCCAGCGACAAGUCAGCAGAGGAGCAGCCAUCCGAAGUGCACCAGAUAAAGGGCUCCAAGAUCACAGAUGUGGACGAGGUUGGCCUUGACUCUGAUGGCAUCUGUGUGUCCGAGAAGGGAGCAGGAGAGCUGUCCAUUGCCAGGGGUGAGCUGAGCACACUGAAACCUGGACAGGGCUCCAAGGACAAGAACUGCCAGGACACCGAGAGCUGCUCCCUGUACCCAGCCGGCUCACAGCAGCUGCUCAGCCCGGGCAGCCCCUGCUCUUCAGCCUCCAUCACCCCACUGGCCUCCCAGCACUGCCUUCAGCUGCUCCAGCAGCAGCUCCUCCAGCAGCAGCAGCAGACACAGGUGGCGGUGGCUCAGGUGCAGCUGCUCAAGGACCAGCUGGCGGCGGAGACGGCGGCGCGCAUCGAGGCGCAGGCCCGGGUGCGGCAGCUGCUGCUGACCAACCGCGACCUGCUGCAGCACGUCUCGCUGCUGGUGCGGCAGCUCAAGGCGCUGGAGAGCCGGGCACAGCGACGGCAGCCGGUUGACCGCUCGCUGCAGAACCUGUCCCUGGCGCAGUCGCUGUCGCUCAACCUCAAGAACCACUACAGCCUGGACAUCGCCCUGCCCUCCACCUCCACCCCCGCCAGCGUCCUGGGCAGCCCCGUCGCUCCCCGCUCGCUGUCGGCGCUGGACGCCGGGGAUUCCUACCUCAACCUGGUCGGCCUGGAGGGGGCCGGGCCUCGCUUCGGCAGCAAGGAGGGGGCCGAGGGCCUGGCGGGGCACGACGGGCUCAGCCGGCGCGUGGAGGGCUCCGAACUCAGCGACAUCGCGCUGCUGAGCGGGAGCGGCCGGCAGAAGGCGGAGGACGCGGACAGAGGGGACGAGGACAGGCGGCAGCAGCCCAUUCCCAAGCUCAACCCACCACCGCCCAUCCUACGCAAGAGAUCAAGCAAGACCUCCCCGAGCCUGGAAGUGGACAUCAAGUCUGAGAAUACUGCCCACAUCAGCCUCCCCAGCCCCAGUGUGUCUGGCCUCACCAGCAUCACUGCCUCCUCCCUCACCCUCCUGGACCCUGAGACAAGGACUCCUGCACAGAGCACUGCUGCCAGCACAGAGCCCCUCCCUGCUGGGACCUUCCAACGUGUUCUGAGCAAGGACAGGGCUGCAGAGAACGGGCACACAUCCCCUCCAUCCAGCAUCCAUGGCCCCGCAGACAGCGAUGCCCUGAGCAGGGACUUGGCUGCACUGCUGAGCCCCACGGACAGCACGCUGCCCUUCUCCCCUGCAGACAACACCUGUUUGCACAUCAGCUUCUCAGAAGAUGAGCUGCUGGAGCCAGAGCUGGACACUCCUGUGGGGCCCAGCAGGGUCCCUCCUUAGUCGGACACAGCACUGGCUGGCAGGCAGUCCCAGUGGCUCUUUCUACACCACUCCCCAGCACGUGCUGGGUUACAGGGUCCCUGCACCCUGCCUGGGUCAGGUUCCUUUGCUGUCCCUGCUCCAUACAUCAGCUCCUCCUGCCACAUGUGGGUUGCAGCACAGAAUGCAACCUGGUCAGCUGCUGUCCCAGUCUGUCCCAGUUCAUGCUGGCUUCUUGCUUUCCCUAGCCCUUUUGUGCUCUGUCCUUCCCAUGGACAGCGGUGCCACGUGGGUCUCUGUCCCAGGGAGCUCUCACCUCUGCUGCCUGGCAGAAGCACAGAUCCCACUCUUUACCACAUCCCUGGCUGCUGCAGACAGCCCGAGGGCCACCAUAUCCUUCCCACUGCAUCCCCAGCCCCAGUGGGGUGGCCUCGGGAGGGAGAGAUGCAGACACCUCACUGCCUUGAGACCGGUCCUGUUUUGGAGACAGCAGCUUCACUGCCCCACUGCUGUGUCCCUAUGCAGCAUUGCCACCACUGCCUCCCUCCAAAGGUGCCUUUUCCUAUGCUGUGGCACCUACUGCCCACACAGACUGGGGCCGCCCUGCGAGAGGCUGGUAUGGGGUGACUGCCUAUGGGGGAGAUGGGCAGCCCCAUGCCACAGCAGGUGCUCCACACAUCUUGGGGUGGCAGAGGCGGCUGCUCCAUGUGCUCUGAGCGCUCUGGGGCUGCUAUGUCACGUUGAGGUGCUAUGAAAUGGUUCAGUGUGAAGUUGGAAACGUGAAUGUCUGGGGAUGAGUUUGCAGAUGGAAGGUUUAAGGAAGAAAUCCAGCCCUGCAGGGAGAGCCAAGGCAAUGCCCGGUGCUGCCACGCAUCCCUCAGCACAGGCUGGAGCAGGUUCUGGGGAGGGACCCUGGGGGGGUGAUCCUCCACUCACUGUUUGCAAGAGGAGGUUUGGGAAGGUGCUGGAGGCUGGAGCUGGGGAAGUGUCAGGAGAUGGAGGCUCAGAGCAGCCGCUCUGUCCCAGGACAGGGAGUGACAGAACCCCAACAGCACAGCACUGCGGGGCCCCAGGCUGACCAGGAGCUGAUGGCAGAAGGCCUGUGGAUCUCCAGCACUGCUGAGGACACGUGAUGGGAGCUGUGGAUUUGUAAAGCCGUGGUUGGGCUCCGUGUUAGCGUGGUAGAGACGGAUCAACCACUCCUUAGGAAAUAAAGUACACUGCAGUUUGGUAACUGACUUUUAAAGAAAAUAAAUGCCUCAAAUUUGCA